AUGCCCAAAAAGCAUCAUAGGUCUAAUUUCACCAAACCGGCUAGCACCGCUCACCAUACUCUAGCUUCUUCUGGACUCCGAGAUGACCGUUUCCGGUCGUCAUCAAAUGAGCAACCAUCCGUCAACGACCUGAUCAACCAUCUCCGCCGUACUCAGGUAACCAGCUCUCCUUCCGAAGAUGGCACCAGAGCUCCUUUCAGGACAGUCGCGCCGCGAUCCGUCCAUCCCUCGUUGCGGAACCUACUAGAGCUCCCCGAAACCCCGCCUCCCCGCCCUCGCCCGGAUGCCCCCCGCGCCGGAGUUGGUGGGCGACGGCUGAGAAGGACCGCCGGACCACCGCCGCCUGAGAGCUGGCUGCUGGGAAACUAUUCAUUGGAGAUUUCAGAGGAAGCUGGCUUGGAAGCUGGUGCCGCGGAAGCCGAGAGAAUCAUAUAUCGCCUCGAUCGCCUCCCGGGGACAAUGUUUCCACAGAGAACCUCCCUGCUACAUAUGCUGCUCAAAUCUAUGGCUAUGCAUUGGGUCUGGCAUCUUGAAUAUGACGGGCAGUUUCUUGCACUCCUACCUAGUCAUAUCAAGGUGCUGCUACUCAGCUAUAUCGCCAUCCACGCGAGAGACCAGCCGUUGCGGGGUAUGAUGCAUGGCCUAAGACCGCUGAUUGAGAAGCAUCGGCCAGAAGGAGACGAUAUAUCACAGGAUAGUGAUCUGGAGAUAAGCCGUUUGGAUUUAAGUGGUGCGCUUGGGCGCUGGAUGACCUGGAAACAGCUCACUGGCGAAUUGAUCGUGUCCGCGAAACCUAGUACAGUGCAACGUACGAUGAAAGAGCCCAUUCCAGCGUCCUGGGAUGAUAAAUUGGACGAGGAUGACGGCCCUGCUAUCGCUGGAGAGACGAUUUUUCCUAAAGCUGUUACUCAAGGACUACGCUUUGAGAACCUACGUUAUCUCUCGCUAGCGCAUCCAAUCCCAUCUGCUACGAAUUGGAAUUCGCUCAUCAACCUCCUCUCUCGCCUUUCAACCAUAACCCACUUAUCGUUGGCACAUUGGCCCGUCCCGACAGUCACACCGAACGCCGUUAACUCCCGUGUACGACAUCCAACGCAAAGAUCCCUAACCUUCGCCUACGGCGGUACAGACACAUACUCCUCAUUCGAGAACAACUGGGCCGAGGCAGCCGGUAUCCUGCGGAGGCUCUGCCGCGCAACUUAUUGUCUGAAAUGGCUGGACCUCGAAGGUUGUGGUGACUGGGUCCCAGCACUCAAUUGGGAUGGCGUUGGUCCAGAUGGUGAAGCGUACGCCUCCGGCCCAGAGUGGAAUGGGUCAUGGAGAGAUGUCGAGUUUGUCCGUCUGGGUCCGGGAUGGCUUCCCCAUAUUGAUGAUAGCGAGUUACUACCUCUUCCCCCUUCUUCUUCUUCUGGACGAACCGCUACUGCCUCUUCGUCUCUCGCAUUGUCUCCUCCCGUCCCCCGUUCUCUAGCAUUCUCUAUGCAUGCUCCAUCUCCGGAUGAGUCGACGGAUUCUGAUGCUCUCCCAUGGGACGUCGAAGUGGAACGGGUCAAGUACCGUCGCGAGAAGGAGUUGGAACGAUAUCAGGAAGCCGUGCAAGCUGCGAAAGCAGUUCAGCAGCGGGUACAGCGGGCAAGGAAGGCGGGCAAGGGAAAGUGGGUACAUUUUUCUUUCGGCUUAGAAGGAUUAGAAGAGGGGGUCCUUAGACGGUUGCUCGGGAAGGAGUAUUUAAGUCUUCUACCUUGA